AUGUCUAGAAGGCGCGAGACUUUCACUGUUCUCACGGUUAUUGGAGUAACAAAAGAUGGUGGACGAGUAUUCCCACACCAUGGCGAGACAGCUUCUAGUCCCAUCAUUAAGGGUCUCCCAAAAAGAGGUCUUACAGAGUUUGCACUCUCCCAGCUGGCGGAUGCUACAAAUUACUUCUCACAUGAAAAUAGAAUUGGCUUCGGUUGUACUAGCACUGUUUACAAGGCACGUAGAACUUUCCACAUGCUAUGUUACAUUGAAAAUGAAAUUAAGUUAAUACCAAGGCUUCAGCACACAAAUAUAGUUACGCUUCUUGGAUACUGCACUCAAAAGUCAGAAAGGAUCUUGGUCCUUGAAUACAUGCCGAACGGAAGCUUGGAUUCCUUCAUAUACGGCAAGAGAGCGAUCGAGUCGCCACUGGACUGGACUAAACGCUGUGAAAUAGUCCAAGGGAUAGCUCAGGGAACUCUGUAUCUGCACAAGCUAUGCAGGCCACGCAUAAUUCAUGGAGAUUUGAAACCAGGCAAUAUACUACUGGAUUCAGACCUGACCCCUAAGAUCUGUGACUUUGGAAUAUCCACAACAUUGAAGCCAGGUGUAGAUGUAGACUGCACAAGCAUUGUUGCAGGCUCACGAGGGUUUAUUGCCCCGGAAUAUAAAAGGGGAGGCUGCUUGUCCGUUAAGUCUGAUGUGUACAGCUUUGUUGUUACCAUGCUUCAGAUCAUUAGCGGAAAGAAAGGCCCUCCACCUCCAUUAGCACUGUCUGAUGAGUCUCGUAAUUACGGGCCUCUAAAUAAGUGGGUAUGGGACUUGUGGGCAGCAGGAAGGCUGAUGGAGUUCAUCGAUCCGUCACUGCAUCGUGAGCGUCGGAAGGCCGAGAUAAUGAGAUGGGUUCAGAUAGGACUUCUGUGUGUUCAAGAGCAUCCAGAAGACCGCCCAAGCAUGUGGGACGUUGUUCUGAUGCUGGGCUGUGAGAAUGCCGUCAUUCGAGAGCCUGGCCUGCCAGCUUACUACUGA